ACACAGCCAAACCAGUACAAACAUUUCGGUACAGUGAGGAGACUCUCCAAGUAGCCGUCCUUCUCAGGGCACCUACAGGGAGAAAAACUAAAAAAAAAAAAGAGAUGGCACAAACCGACAGCCAAAGUUCAACUUUCCCUGAGAUAGUGGAGCUAAACGUGGGUGGACAGGUGUAUGUGACCCGACUUGAAACUAUCACGGCGGUGCCCAACUCUCUGCUGUGGACCAAGUUCACCCAGAGCUCCCCGGGCGACCUGCCAAAAGACAGCAAGGGCCGCUUCUUCUUCGACCGGGACGGCUUUCUCUUCCGCUACAUUUUGGAUUAUUUGCGCGACUCGGAGCUUUUUCUGCCCGAGUUUUUCAAAGAGAGGAGGAGGCUGCAGAGAGAAGCGGACUUCUUCCAGCUGCCGGAGCUGUCGAGGCGCCUCGCAGCGGUCAGCAAAGACACGGACACGGAGGACAGCGAGGAGGCUGAGCUCACCAGCCCGGCCACCUCCUCCUCGGACAGGACCCUGCGCUCUCCCGGGGCCAGCUCCGGGUACAUCACCAUCGGGUACAGAGGCAGCUACACCAUCGGGAGGGACAUCCAGGCGGACGCAAAGUUCCGCAGAGUCGCCAGAAUAACCGUGUGCAGCAAGAUCUCCCUGGCUAAAGAGGUUUUUGGAGACACCCUGAAUGAGAGCCGAGACCCGGACCGCCCGCCGGACAAAUACACCGCCAGGUAUUACCUCAAGUAUAACUUUCUGGAGCAGGCGUUUGACCGGCUGGCUGAAGCUGGUUUCCACAUGGUGGCCUGCAACUCUACUGGGACCUGCUCAUACGCCAGUAACGACCCGGGGGAAGACAAACUGUGGACCAGUUACACCGAGUAUGUUUUCUCCCGGUGAAGAUCACAUUCAUGCUCACAACUUAUUAUAACCAACACUUGGAGCAAUCAUCACUUGUAAUAGUUCAUGCAUCAAUUAACACCCCAAACUGCUAGAUUCAGCCUUGUGUAUUUUCACUUUCUUGUGUUUUUGUCACUCUCUGCUCUCUGCAGUUGGAUCAGCCACUGUUUAACUUUUCUGCCAUUUUCUCUUCUACUUCUGUAAAAGGAAGACUUGCUGCAAGUCUUAUUGGUUGGCAAGGAGCAAAACAAAAUGACUUAUUUAUGUCAUCUGACCUUUCACAGAGAAUGCUUUGUUUUUAAGUUAAUGACAUAAAUGGUUACUCAACGUGGCAGAAAUGUUAGAAGCUGGUUUAUUUUGAUCCUCACUGAGCUUUGCUUACAUUGUCAUGUUUAUAAAGAGGCCCCCGAUGAUCUGAACACAUUAGUAUACUGUUAAUAGACUAAUGUUUAAAAAUCUUUUAAUCUCUUUAAUUUUGGGGACUGAUAGAAAUGCAUCUUUGAUAUGAUAUUUUAAGUUUUAUAAUGUUUUUUGUUUAAUUUGAAUAUGUCAACAACAGAUACAGUAUCCCUGCCUUCAGGACUACACAUUGGGACUUUUUUCCAUUGUGCUUCAUUGUCAUGUGCUAUCUAUAAGCUGCUGUCAUUGUUUUCUCUUUAGAUAUAAAGCUACAGCAAAUAAUAAAGUGUGACAUUGUAACACUA